ACGGGUUGGGGGUAUAGGUGUGGGUGAGAGAGGUGAAGUUGUGUGUCCAUAUUUGUUUAAAUGAAGAUUAUUUCCUUUAAUGUGAGGGGUUUGGGUGGGUUAGUGAAGAGGAAGGAAGUAGGAAAGUUGACAAGAGAGGAAAGGCCGGACUUCCUAUUCUUGCAGGAAACGAAGUUAGAGAGGAUUGAUGUGGGCAUUUGCAAGUUGGUAUGGAACUCUGAUGAGUUCGAAUGGGUUGCGAAGGCAUCUGUUGGAGCAUCAGGGGGUCUGCUAUGUUUAUGGGACAGAAGGAAUUUUGUUAUGCGUGAAGAGUUUUCAGGGGACGGGUAUGUGGGAAUAUCAGGGGAAUGGGGAGUAAAUAAACAACAGUGCAGCUUAAUAAAUGUGUACGGUUCCAAUGAUAGACAGAAUAGGGUUAAGCUGUGGGAGGAGCUGAGGAUGAGGAUGAUAGACAAAGAAGGGUGGUGGUUGAUUGCAGGGGAUUUUAAUGCUGUCAGAGGGCCUGAGGAGAGGCGAGGGAAAACAGGGGUGUGUUCAGGUAUGAGGGAUUUUGAGGAGUUCAUUGUAACAACAGGCCUGGUGGAUGUUAAAUUGACGAAUAGACGAUAUACUUGGUAUAAACCAGAUGGAACAGCAAGAAGCAGACUAGACAGAUUCUUGAUGAGUUCUGAGAUGUAUAAUAGUGGAGGAGAAUGGAUACAGCAGGGGCUGCCAAGAAACAUUUCUGAUCAUUGUGCAAUGGUGUUGAAGUCUAAACAAACAGACUGGGGACCAAGGCCUUUUAGAGUCUUAGAUGCAUGGCAACAACAUCCUGAAUUCAAGAAGGUAGUAGAAGAUAAGUGGAGAGAGAUGGCAGUGGAGGGUUUUGCAGGGUACAAAUGCAAACAAAAGUUAAAGCUGUUGAAAGAGUUCUUAAAAGGUUGGAACAAGGAGGUAUUCGGAAAUAUGGAAGCCCAGUAUGUACAGGCUGUUAAAAAAAUAGAGCAGGUUGAUAUGCAGAAUGAAGUAGCGGAUCUGGAGGAAUUAGAAAUUGUUAAAAGGCAAGAAGGUUUCUCUGAGAUGUGGGAUGUGUUGCGAAGAAGGGAACAAAUCUGGAAGCAGAAGUCAAGGAGCAGAUGGAUAAGAGAGGGCGACGCGAAUACCCGUUUCUUCCAUAAAGUGGCUAACGGGAGAAGGGCGCAAAAUAAUAUUGCUGGCUUAAUGCGUGAGGGGGAGUGGAUUGAAGAUCCAGAAAUAGUCAAAGACGAAAUUGUCAAAUAUUUUAGGAAUUUGUUCAAAGGCGACCCAUGGAACAGACCCAAGCCCGAGGGUAUCAAAUUUCAAAAGAUCUCAGAGGCGAAAAAAGAAUGGCUAGAAAGACCUUUUUCGAUUGAAGAAAUUGAGGAAGGGUUAAGGAGCUGUGACGGUUCAAAGGCCCCGGGACCGGAUGGGUACAACUUCAAUUUUCUUAAAUUUGCGUGGCAAUGCAUUAAGGAAGAUUUCAUCAGUUUCUUCUCGGAAUUCCACCGGAAUGGAAAAUUGGUGAGGGGUCUAAACUCUUCUUUUUUGGCUUUGAUCCCUAAAAAAUUGAAUGCUGCAAAUUUAAAGGAGUAUAGACCAAUUAGCUUGUUAGGAUGUGUCUAUAAGCUAUUAGCAAAGGUAUUGGCUAAUAGAUUGAAAUCGGUGAUGCCAGAAAUAGUGAGUGAAACCCAAUCCGCUUUUGUGGGGGGACGCCAAUUGGUUGAUAGUGUAUUGGUGUUGAAUGAAGUAGUUGAGGAGAUAAAGUACAGGAAACAGCCAGCUUUUGUAUUCAAGGCAGAUUUUGAAAAGGCAUAUGACUGCGUGGAUUGGUCAUUUUUGGACUGGAUGAUGGGUAUUUUUGGGUUUGGAACAAAGUGGAGAGGAUGGAUCAAGGAGUGCCUUUCAACGGCGAGAACUUCGGUUUUGGUAAAUGGAAGCCCGACAAAGGAAUUUGAGGUAGGUAAAGGAUUACGUCAAGGGGAUCCUUUAUCUCCUUUUCUUUUCUUGAUGAUCGGUGAGGGGUUACAAGGCUUGGUACAGAAGGCAGUGGCGGAAGGAAUGCUUCAUGGAAUCGAGAUUGGAAAGAAAGGGAUGACCAUGUCUUUACUUCAGUUCGCCGAUGACACAAUAAUUAUGGGCAGAGCGGACGCGGAGAAUAUUCGAAUGGUGAAGGAUGUUUUAAGAUGGUUCGAACUUAUGUCCGGUUUGCGGAUAAAUUUUAACAAAAGCAGUAUCUAUGGAUAUAAUGUGUCGGAGGGAUGGUUAAAGGGAUCUGCUGGUACGCUACGAUGUGGAGUAGGUCAAACACCUUUUCUUUAUUUGGGAUUGCCCAUAGGCAGUAAAUCCGGAAGAAAGAAGGUGUGGGAGCCGGUGGUGAACAAAUUUCGUGCAAAGCUGGCUGGAUGGAAGGCUUCAACUCUUUCCUUUGGAGGUCGCCUAACCUUACUGAAAUCGGUACUCUCAGCGUUACCUAUUUUUUAUAUGUCUCUGUUUAUACUUCCAAAGUCUGUUUUGGUGGAGCUAAUUAGUAUACAAAGGAGAUUCCUAUGGGGUGGGCCAGAUUUAAAUAAAAAGAUUUCUUGGGUGAAAUGGGAAUGUAUUUGUCGUGAUAAGGUGAAGGGAGGUUUAGGGGUGCUAGAUAUGCGUAGGAAAAAUUGGGCUUUGUUAGGAAAGUGGUGGUAUAGAUUCGGCGAUGGGGUUGAGAACUUAUGGAAAAGGGUGGUGAGGGAGAAAUAUUAUGGAGGAAGGAGAGAGGUCGAUAUUACAAUGAUUGAAGGCCCGAGGGUGUCAAAGCUGUGGAGGGAUAUUAUUAGAAUGGGGGGUCAAUCUUCGAGACUAAAGAAUAUGCUAGUGGAGGGAUUCAAGUGGGAAGUGGGUGAAGGAAAUAAGGUGGAUUUUUGGCUAGAGAGGUGGGUCGGAGAAAAAACGCUUAGGGACUUAUGUCCAAGAUUAUAUGCUCUAUCGGUUAAGAAGGAAGGAAAGGUUAAUGAAAUGGGAAGUUGGAACGAGGGUAGAUGGUGUUGGAGUGUUGAGUGGAGGAGAGGUACCAUAGGACGUGAGAAGGAUGAGGAGGUGGUGCUGGAGAGGGCGCUGGAGGGUGUUCAAGUGAAGGAGGGGGUUGGGGAUGUUUGGAAGUGGAGGCAUUCGAUGGAUGGCAGAUAUAUUGUAAAGAUAGCCUACGACUAUCUAGAUUCUAUGGAAGGAGUAUUGGAGGAACAGAGGAAUAAAUUAAUAUGGUGCCGUUUGGUUCCAUCAAAAGUUGCUUUUUUCGGGUGGCGUUUGUGUUUAAAUAGACUUCCAACUAAAGUAAAUCUUCAAAAGCGUGGGGUGCAAUUGCAAGAGGAAGGUAUGUACUGUGUUUUUUGUAGUGGGAUAGUGGAGGAAGCUAAUCACUUAUUUUGUGUAUGUUAUAAAGCGUGGUUGGUGUGGGUUGAGGUGUUGAAUUGGUGGGGUUUGGAGAGUGUUUUACCCAAUACAGUAAGGGGAGUGGCAGAUUUUUUCAUAGAUGUGUUGGGCAGUACAGCAGGAAAGGAGAUGGGCUCUUGUGUUUUUCUGGCAGCUGCUUGGUAUGUGUGGUAUAGAAGGAACACUCAGAUAUUUCGAGAAGAUGAAGGAAUUCCAGAGAAUAUGCUGGAAAGGGUGCAAGUAAAAACCUUCUUAUGGUUGAAGUCUAAAGUGAAGGGAUGCGUUUUCUCCUUUUAUGAAUGGCAAUCUUGUCCGAUGGAAUGUGCAAAGGAUGUCAAACGGCACAAAAGAAUGAGGAAGCAAUUCUCGAAGGCAAUAGGGGCCCCUAGCUAACGGGGGGGAGGUAUACAAUCUGUGCUUUUACUCUGUUGUAUGGAUUCUAGGACAGGGUGAGGUUUUUGGGUGUGCAGGCCGUUUAUGUUUUGCUGGAACAGAUUUUAAGUUUCUUGUAUGUAGUAGGUAAACUGGGUUGUGUUCCUUGAUUUCUCCGGACUGUACUCUGUUUUUGGGAGUAUUUCUUAUGCUCCUUCUUUAAUAUAUAUAGUAUGUUUGC